AUGUCAACCGAAAGCGCGGCGAUCAUAGACGACACGGACCCGCGAAUCCAGUACUCGUCGGGAUGGCAUAUGGACGGCGGUCCCAACGAGUAUAAUCGGACAGUACACGCUACAUCGACUGCUGGCGCGAGCUUCACAUUCAGCUUCACAGGUACUUCGGUCAAAGUCUUGGGCACGCUGACCCAAGAAGGCUUCAACGGAUCAUUUCCAAAUACAACCUACUCCUUAGACGGUACUUCGCCUAUCCCUUAUGCCGGUAAACCCUCACCCAGGGUACAAUACCAACAAAUAUUCUACCAAUCCCCCGCCGACCUCCCGAAUACCAAGCAUACUCUAGUGGGAACCUGUGCCGACCAGGGUAGCCUCGUAUGGAUUGAUUUCUUCGUGGUCACCUCCCCGCCGAGUCCAACUACGUCUGGGGCUUCGUCACAAACGGAGUCUACCGUAAUUAUCACCACUACCGCCACAUACACCGAAUACGCCUCCUCUUCCUCUUCCUCCGCCUUCCCGGUGGGAGCAGUCGUUGGCGGUGUAAUUGGUGCCAUGAUACUCGUGCUUAUUGGCUUGUUUCUAUUCCUAUGGCAUCGGCGUCGACCGAGAGCUGUAACAAGCACUGAGAUGCAAGCAACGAUGUCAACUACGUCAACAACCCAUCUCGUGCCGCAACCUCCACCGACCCUCCAAUAUCCUACUUUUGCUCCAUCCGUUUCCUCUGUUUACUCGACCGUAUCACCGACAGAAACCUCGCCCAUGGCCAGUCUUAAUACUGCCAAUGCGCCCUCAUUCCCUUCCCCCAGUGCGACAACCCAAUUCCCACGCAAAGGUCGACCUAUGUACUCUAUGGGUACCUUCGGCGCUCCAUCCUCGUCUUCCCGGCAUUCUACUAUCGGUGAUACGGAGAGUGAAGAACACCCUCCCGCCUACCACUGA